AGAACAUCUCGCAAAUACUCUCCUUCAAAUUCUGUAUUAUCCACGCACACCAUGUAUCCUGGCACUCUCACUUGGAGCUAUGCGACUAUAUGCCUUUUGUCGCUCUCUUCUCUUCGAUUCGGUACUGCCACACCCAUUGAUGACCACCUCGUUCCGCGCGCAGGCAUAGCCUCCCCGGGUAUCGGCGUUGAGUUCGAGUCAUCCACCAUCCAUUUCACCAAAGAAACACACGGUUUGUCGGCGAAGGAAUUAGAGGCCCUGAAAAAAGCUACCUUUGAUGCCAAAGGCAAGGCGGCUGUAAUGCAAGCCGGCAAGGGAGGAAACAGUGCCAAGUUCUCUGGUAAAGAUUGGGAAUUGACGGCAGAUUCCACUGGAAGCAGCGUGGGACGACUGACUGCGGAGUAUAUCUUGGACGGAAGGAAGAUCAAACUGGGGACUGGGAGAGCUGCGGUGGCAGCAGAGGAAGUCUACCAGGAUCUGAAAAAAUGGGACCCAAAAACCGGCCAGGAAUUCAAUAUCGCCAGCAGUACUAAGAAUCCUUGGAAACUCGAGACGCGCAAAGACCCCGUGAAAUCUACCUGGUCUCGCCAGAUCACCGCUCCAUUGCCCCUUGGGGCCGUCAACGACUUGAUGAAGAUCGCCAAGCUCAACAAAAACUCGCCCCUCAUGACAUUUGCAAAGCGCAAGGUCGACAACAUGGUUUGGGUUAAUGAUUUCUUCUUUGAGGAGAGCCCUGGUGGUCUUACUAAGGAUGUUGGAGAUGAUGUUCGAGGAUUCCUCGCGCUUCUUCUUUCCUAUGCGAAGGCUGGGAACCAGGAACUGGGCAAUGAGAGUGCUAAGAUAUUGACAUCCAUCAUGCCACGAACAAGCUUUGCCAAAAUUUACAAGCUCGUCGAGGGUAAGCUUAAAAACAAGGAUCUGUGGACUAUUGUGAACAAGAUGGCAUGCUAUGAGAACCCUUCGGAGGAUGCACAUGAAUAUGCCUCUGUUGAUACGAGGUACUGCUCUGGCCACCCCGGUCAGACAACCAUCAAAGGCAACUUCGAGAAGGUGCAGAUUAACAUCUGCUACGAUUCAAAGGCAUGCCCUGUCAACGUCAAGGCCUGGAUCGAGGGUUUGAAGAAUGGCAAAGAUUUGCUCAAGGAUGCUGAUAAAGUAAUUGAUGGCCAGGUUGGAGGAUAUGGUGACUUGACUGAGCAUCGCCUCAACCAUCCUAACGAGCAAUUGCCCCUUUUCGAGUUCCGUGAUCUUCCUUCAUGCGCGGCCGCAGAUUGGAAGAGCUGCCUGGAAAAGGCGGAGCAAACGAUUGUUAACUAUCACAAGGAAUUUGCAGGAAACUAGAUCUAGACUUGUGCUAGCCAGAAUUGUCGAUUAUGAGGGGCUGUGGUGGGGUUGCGUUUGUACAAUUGUUGUCGCAAUGGUGAGGUGUUGUUUCUGCCUGUAUUUAGUAUAGAGAAAUAAGAAUAUAUGAGGGGG